AUAAUGUUGCGCUACACCAGGUAUAUUUUAAAAUAAAAUUCGUGGCGCACAGAAGCAUUGCUGCGGAAUGCCAGUCAUGUGACUGAGUCAGGUGAUGAGCUUCAGUGACGUAUCAAACAAGGGGCUGCAAUCUUGUAAAGGGUUUUAUAGCGACUUUUUUUUCCAAGGUGAUAUUACAGCAAGUCAUAAAGUUAAAAAAAAAACCUGAGCCAUAAGGAGUUUUUGUAUUUAGUUAUUUAAAUGGUAUUGCGCACCAUGGACAAUAACAAACUACAAAACAGAAUUACGUGUGAUGCCAUGGACAGUGUGAAGAUAGAAGCUGUCCUAAUUAAAGAGGAGUUCCCUGAACUUGAACUUGUCCCCAUUAGUGGGGAGUUCUCAGGGCUGGCUUCCCUCCCCAUUAAACAGGAGCUCUGUGAGAUGCAAUGUGACAGCGGUCAGCCAGAGGACUCUGAGAUUAAAGCUGAGCACAAUGAAUUGGAGAUCCCCCAGCCAGAAGGACCCCUUCCUGUGAAACAAGAAGAGGCGGUGGACAUAGUCUGUAUUAAAUGGGAGCCCCCUGAAGUAGAGUUUGACCACGUGGAACCAGGGGAGGAAGAAUCCGAGGACUUCCAACCAAAGAUCCCUGAGCCGGAGCCUAUGUGCCUGCAGGAGUGUAGCGUGGGGCUGGAGAGAUUCUGUGCAAAAGAGCAAGGAGCUGGAGAGGAAGGCUCUCUCAACGGCAAGGAGGUAGAAAGCAAGACUCAUUCAGAAAGCAGUCUAGCAGGUUCCAGUUCAGCAGCUAAAGCGAGGGGGGGUGCUGGAGAAUAUCCUGACUGUGGGGAAGGUUUCAAUCAGUCAGGAAAUCUUGAAAUACACCAACGAAUUGAAACGGGAGAGAAACCGUAUCCCUGCCCUGACUGUGGGAAGAGUUUCGAUGUUUCAGGAACUCUGAAAGCACACCAGCGAAUUCACACAGGAGAGAAACCGUAUCCCUGCCCUGACUGUGGAAAGAGUUUCAGUCACACAGGAACCCUGAAAGCACACCAGCGAAUUCAUGCAGGAGAGAAACCGUAUCUCUGCUCUGACUGUGGGAAGAGUUUCAGUGAUUCAGGAAACCUGAAAAAACACCAGCGAAUCCACACAGGAGAGAAACCAUACCCCUGCCCUGACUGUGGGAAGAGUUUCAGUCACGCAGGAACCUUGAAAUCACACCAGCGAAUUCACACGGGAGAGAAACCGUAUUGCUGUUCUGACUGUGAGAAGAGUUUCAGUGAUUCAGGAACGCUGAAAGCACACCGGCGAGUUCACACAGGAGAGAAACCGUAUCUCUGCUCUGACUGUGGGAAGAGUUUCAGUCACACGGGAACCCUGAAAGCACACCGGAGAGUUCACACAGGAGAGAAACUGCAUCUCUGCUCUGACUGUGGGAAGAGUUUCAGUCACUUUGGAAACCUUGUAACUCACCAGCGAAUUCACACAGGAGAGAAGCCGUAUCACUGCACUGACUGUGGGAAGAGGUUCAGUCGGUUAGAAAAUCUUGUGCCACAUCAGCAAAUGCACACAGGAGAGAAACCUUAAAGACCAUGUUGUGUAAAUUUUUUUUUUUUUUGUACCUGUUUAAAUAACGUACCUGUAAUUUUAUUUUCAUUAACAUCCUGACAACUUUUUUACAGUAUAACUGUUAAAGCCCUUUUCAAAAUGUCUGCUCAGUCUCAGGAUUAUUGCCCACAUUGUCAAACAGGUAACACAGCCAUAAGGCUGUGUGGUCCAGUGGUUAAAGAAAAGGGCUUGUAACCAGGAGGUCCCCGGUUCAAAUCCCACCUCAGCCACUGACUCAUUGUGUGACCCUGAGCAAGUCACUUAACCUCCCUGUGCUCCGUCUUUCGGGUGAGACGUAAUUGUAAGUGACUCUGCAGCUGAUGCAUAGUUCACACACCCUAGUCUCUGUAAGUCGCCUUGGAUAAAGGUGUCUGCUAAAUAAACAAAUAAUAAUAAUAACGAUCUAUGAUGUGGUAGGGAACAGAAAAGCCAGAGCACUUGUUAUGUUUUUUUUUUUUUUUUAAUCGCUCUUCCUGCAGUGAUUUAGAGGACAGAUCUCAAACCCCAGUGCACUGGAGCGGACACUUUGAAAAGAGCAUAGUGUAAAAAGUUACCAGGAUGUUAACAACGAAUAGAAAAGCGACAGGUCUGUUAUUUAAACAGUUGUAGGAACACGUAGGGGCGUGUCACGCUAUAUCUUGUAGAACCCUGCUACUAAUAUGCAAUAAAGUACUAAACCGUGCUAAAAACCACACCUACGUCUAGAUUUAAUUAAAGUAGACCAUGUGUUUUUUAAAGCUGCUUGUAUCAUAGUUUUAGUUCCAGUGCUCGGCCUCUCUGAGGUAGAUCUCAUUGCUGGCUGCUGUCAGUGCUGCAGCCUUCAUCAUGCUGUGAUAUGGCCCCACAGGCAGACUCUGUAGCCAGAGAAUUUAGUCAAGGGGCUGGAAAAGAGUGAAAAAAAAGCACACUAGUAAAUUUACCAUCAUUUUUUUUGUUGUUUUACGUUAUUGUAAUUAAUGUGGGUUAAAAAAAAUAAAACAAUAUCAUGAUUGAGUGAA